AUGGAGUCUAUUUCAGCCAGACUCAACACGACUCUUGUUCUGGAAUCCUCUGCAGAGAAAACGGAUCAGAGCUCGACGGAUCAGCGAGCCCCAAGCAUUGACAGCGUGGAGCAUGAUCAUCCGCCGGAAACUGUCCGUGCAAGCGGCCAACUUCACCAAGAGCAACAGCAGCAGCAGCAGCAGCGGCAGCAGCAGCAGCAGCAGCAGCAGCAGCAGCAGCAGCAGCAGCAGCAGCAGCAGCAGCAGCAGCAGCAGCAGCAGCAGCAGCAGCAGCAGCAGCAGCAGCAGCAGCAGCAGCAGCAGCAGCAGCAGCAGCAGCAGCAGCAGCAGCAGCAGCAGCAGCAGCAGCAGCAGCAGCAGCAGCAGCUGCAGCAGCAGCAGCAGCAGCAGCAGCAGCAGCAGCAGCAGCAGCAGCAGCAGCAGCAGCAGCAGCAGCAGCAGCAGCAGCAGCAGCAGCAGCAGCAGCAGCAGCAGCAGCAGCAGCAGCAGCAGCAGCAGCAGCAGCAGCAGCAGCAGCAGCAGCAGCAGCAGCAGCAGCAGCAGCAGCAGCAGCAGCAGCAGCAGCAGCAGCAGCAGCAGCAGCAGCAGCAGCAGCAGCAGCAGCAGCAGCAGCAGCAGCAGCAGCAGCAGCAGCAGCAGCAGCAGCAGCAGCAGCAGCAGCAGCAGCAGCAGCAGCAGCAGCAGCAGCAGCAGCAGCAGCAGCAGCAGCAGCAGCAGCAGCAGCAGCAGCAGCAGCAGCAGCAGCAGCAGCAGCAGCAGCAGCAGCAGCAGCAGCAGCAGCAGCAGCAGCAGCAGCAGCAGCAGCAGCAGCAGCAGCAGCAGCAGCAGCAGCAGCAGCAGCAGCAGCAGCAGCAGCAGCAGCAGCAGCAGCAGCAGCAGCAGCAGCAGCAGCAGCAGCAGCAGCAGCAGCAGCAGCAGCAGCAGCAGCAGCAGCAGCAGCAGCAGCAGCAGCAGCAGCAGCAGCAGCAGCAGCAGCAGCAGCAGCAGCAGCAGCAGCAGCAGCAGCAGCAGCAGCAGCAGCAGCAGCAGCAGCAGCAGCAGCAGCUGCAGCAGCAGCAGCAGCAGCAGCAGCAGCAGCAGCAGCAGCAGCAGCAGCAGCAGCAGCAGCAGCAGCAGCAGCAGCAGCAGCAGCAGCAGCAGCAGCAGCAGCAGCAGCAGCAGCAGCAGCAACAGCAGCAGCAGCACAUCAUUCAACAACAACGACAUCAGCACGACAAUAUGAUCUACGCAGUUUCAGACGCAUCGCACAACUUCUAA